UCUCAAUUUUGUUUCAUUAAAAAGGGAUUUACAAACAUGUUAGAUACUCAUGUAAGAUUAUGGCAUUGGCAUCUGGAUUUGUUCAUUGCAGUCAUAUCUUACUUUGAAGCAAUCCAAAGCUUACAUCACUGCAAAGAACACUUACUGAUUAUCCAAUCGUUAACAUGUAAAACAUAAAUGUGGUAUCGAAUUUAUUGGGAAAAAAAAAAAUACUCCUUCCUGCCAUUUAUAAUUAUGUUUUCAUGACAUUUUUUCCUCCUAGUCAGGAUAUGUGAGAUGUCAAGUUUUUUGGCUUAUUAAAAAAUCUGAUCUUCACAUAAAAAAAUUUUUAUUUUACUUUAUUUGUUCAUAUCAGUAUCUCCAUGAGGAUGGGUAUAGCAAGUUUGGUAUGAUCGGUUGCACUCAGCCAAGACGUGUUGCUGCUAUGUCAGUGGCUAAGAGAGUUAGUGAAGAGAUGGAGGUUUCGUUAGGAGAAGAUGUAGGCUAUGCCAUCAGAUUUGAAGAUGUCACCAGUGAUAAAACCUUGAUCAAAUAUAUGACCGAUGGUAUUCUACUGCGAGAGUCAUUACGUGAGUCAGAUCUUGAUCACUACAGUGCUAUAAUUAUGGAUGAAGCCCAUGAAAGAUCACUCAAUACUGAUGUUCUUUUUGGUCUACUAAGAGAAGUUGUGGCUCGACGGACUGAUCUGAAGCUUAUUGUUACUUCUGCAACUAUGGAUGCUGAGAAAUUUGCCAAGUUCUUUGGUAAUGUUCCUGUCUUUGAGAUCCCUGGUAGGACAUUCCCUGUGGAUACUAUGUUUAGUAAGAAUGUGGUAGAGGACUAUGUAGAUGCAGCGGUCAAGCAGGCCAUUCAGAUUCAUCUUCAACCACCUCAAGGUGAUAUCUUGGUCUUUAUGCCAGGUCAAGAGGACAUUGAGGUCACCUGUGACCUUAUUGCAGAGCGUCUUGGAGAGCUAGACAAUGCCCCACAGCUUGCCAUCUUACCUAUCUAUUCACAGCUACCAUCAGACCUUCAAGCGAAGAUCUUCCAGAAAGCACCUGAUGGAGUUAGAAAAUGUGUAGUAGCUACAAACAUUGCUGAAACUUCACUUACAGUUGAUGGUAUCAUGUUUGUGGUGGAUGCUGGGUAUUGUAAACUGAAGGUUUACAACCCUCGUAUAGGUAUGGAUGCUCUACAAGUAUACCCUAUCAGUCAAGCCAAUGCAAGACAGAGAUCUGGAAGAGCUGGUAGGACAGGACCAGGACAGUGCUAUAGACUCUACACAGAAAGUGCUUACAAGAAUGAAUUAUUGAUGACGACUGUACCUGAGAUACAGAGAACAAACCUUGCCAAUGUUGUACUACUUCUCAAAUCAUUAGGAGUAGAUGAUCUUCUGCUCUUCCACUUCAUGGACCCACCCCCUCAGGACAACAUGUUGAAUUCUAUGUACCAGUUAUGGAUCCUUGGAGCAUUAGAUAACACUGGUCAGCUGACCCCUAUUGGAAGACAGAUGGUAGAGUUCCCUUUGGAUCCUGCACUCUCUAAGCUUCUUAUCGUCGCCUGUGAGAUGGGGUGUAGCUCUGAGGCUUUGAUCAUUGUCUCUAUGUUGUCUGUUCCGUCCAUUUUCUACCGUCCAAAAGGCAGAGAGGAAGACAGUGAUCAAGCUAGAGAAAAGUUCUCAGUCCCUGAAAGUGAUCAUUUAACAUUUCUUAAUGUCUACCAGCAAUGGAAAAAUAACCACUACUCAUCAAGUUGGUCCUCUGAGCAUUUCAUCCAUGUGAAGGCCAUGCGUAAGGUACGCGAGGUACGACAACAGCUCAAAGACAUCAUGGAUCAACAAGGUAUGGAGCUGGUCUCUUGCGGGACUAGCUGGGAUCUUAUCAGGAAAUGUAUCUGUUCUGCCUUCUUCCACCAUGCUGCCAAGCUCAAGGGUAUAGGGGAGUAUGUGAAUGUACGGACUGGUAUGCCUUGUCAUCUUCAUCCGACUAGCGCCCUCUUUGGUAUGGGAUUCACACCCGAGUACAUCAUCUACCAUGAACUGGUCAUGACCUCUAAGGAAUACAUGCAGUGUGUGACUGCUGUAGAGGGUGAAUGGUUAGCUGAGCUGGGACCUAUGUUUUACAGCAUCAAGGAAAAGGGCAAAACAAGACAGCAAGGACGUUUGGCAGCGAAGGCAGACUUGCCCAACAUGGAGGAAGAAAUGGCUCUUGCAACAGAAGAACUUCGGACUAGGAAAGAAGACAAACUACUUGAGAGAAUCAAAUCAUCUAAAAGAAUGAAGAUUGCUACUCCUGGUAGGAAAGAGGAAUCAAGUACAUCAACACCAAGGAGAAAAAUGCCAUCGUCAUUUGGAUUAUGAUAUUCUAGGAUUUCUUAGAAGUAGGAAUUUCUUGAAAAUUUCUCAGUGUUAUUUACAGUUGAGGCCGAAAGUUUACAUACACCCGUGGAAUUCAGUGAAAUUUGUUCACUUGCCAAACAUCAUUAAAUUUACUAUAUCUUCAAUAAUAUAAAUACUGCCAUGAAGAAUUUGGUAUCAAAUGAAAGAGCACAUUGUGCUUUUCCACAUGAUUGGAAAACCGUUGAGAUCAAAGUAUAUUUCAGGUGGAAUUUUCUUUGAAGAAAAAAAAGUAAUAUUAAUGCCAUUGCAUUCUAUUGUUCGUUUUCAUAUUUUCAAACAUCGUUUUAUGAAAAUAUAUAAAUGUCAAAUCUAUGAUUUAUAUUACAUUUUCUAUCAU